AUGAACCCCCUCUCCUCGCACCCUCCGCGCACGCCGCGGACGUCUGUCAUCUCUUCGUCGACCUAUGUUUAUGGCGCGAGCGUCUACGAGGACGCGCCGUCGCACGCAAUGGCCGAGAAGGUCGAGGUCAAAGAAGAAGUGUACGACCCCGCAGACGAACCAGACGACGAUGACGCGGAGACCGCGGCAGCGUCGAAGCGCGUCCGCAGGGAAGAUGUAUGGCGGGAGAUGAUCAUAACGAGCGACGGGAGGGACAAGGCUUUCAAACUUAUCCAAUACACGAUACGCACGUAUCUUCUCUUUCAUAAUCCUAUUGUGAAGCGAAUGCAAUGGAAGACACCAUGGGUGAAGAGACUGGAUGAUACCGCCAGCGGACUCAGUUUCUCCAGGAAGACACUCCUUCUCUUUAACUGGCUCUCCCCCCUCACCACCAUCAUGUCCGCCCAACAGGCCGUACCCUUCUCUUCCGACACCGCAAAACCCUCCGCCUCCCCUCUCAACGAGAAAUCCGCCGCCCCAGCGGAAUUCACCUUCAACCCACCGCCCUCGCGCGCGAAACUCGCAGCCAAGUCCGCCGCGCAGCGCACGAAGCCGUUCUUGCAAGCGCUCCUGUACGCACCGCCACCCGUCCUGCUCGAGCUCGUGCAGGCGAUGGCGGACGAUGCGGCGACGUUUGCGAAAUUGGGCCUGCUCAGCAAGAAGUUCGGCGACCGUGCGGGCAGGUUUUCGGAUUGGUGUUGGUUGUUGAGUACGCUGGCGGGUUUGGUGGAGAACGCUGUUGAGCGCAGCGUGAUUGUGAAUCUGAAGGAUGAGGGUGCGAUUUCUUUCGACGCGCUAUUCCAAGCACGUCUGUACGCCGAAUCCAUGUCCGGUGCCACCAACCGGUCCCUGCCCAAGGCUUCCAAGCACGACGAGCGCGAGCUCGGCCGGUUGGACAAGCGCGACUACUGGCUGACCAUCACGCGGACGAAGCUGCUGAUGGACCUGAUUUUCGUUUCGUACGACCUCUUCAACAUCAAGCGCGGCAAAAAGUCGAUACAGACCUUCUCUGGCCUGACUUCUGGCAUCUUGAGCUCGAUGAAGCUCUUCGACCGCCAUCGGGGGCAGCUCCUUAAGAAGGCCAAUGCGCUAUAGGACGGUUUCCGUGUUACGGGUCCUACGAUCUGUGUCUGUUGGACUCCAAGUAUGUGAUCUACUACCCCUUCUCUGCGACGCUCAUCGCUCUUCGUCCGCAUAUACCUUUAAUCUUUGCUGUAUGUAUGUUCUUGGUUACUGUAAGCGAUACCGUGUCUGCUCAGCCUAAUAGUAAUACGAUCCUAGACCAUGUUUUCUACUUCCUAUCCAGCUUGACGAUGGCUCUACCCUGGCGUGCCCUGCCAUCACCUUCACCAAAUUCGCCUCUGCAGUCGCCAAGCCCAGUUGCGCGCAUCGCACAGACCAGUCAGUCGAAUCUCAGGAUGUUCAGCGUUCGAGUCCAUCCAUAUUUCGCUCGAUGCAAUAUUAUGCGUACAAGUACAGGUUACAUAUGACUAGACUACUCCCAGCAAGCAGACGAUAUGCUAGAAUAAACAAUGCAAGAAGACAACGACGGGGCAGGUAGACAGGAUAAUUCUAGUA